AUGAGUGAGAAGGCUGUUCUGAGGAUGACGAACAUUUCUCCAGAAACCAGGAUAAUGAUGAUGAGGUCUGAUGAUGGGAGGCAGGGGUAUAGACGGCAGAUCCUUGCAGCAUUAGCCGUAUCCCUUGGUCCAUUCGCUGCUGGUUUAAGCAAAGGCUACAUGUCACCAGCUAUAGCGUCAAUGCAAGAGGAAGAAAAGCAUCACACUUCUGGCUUCACAGUCAGUGACCAGCAGGCCAGUUGGAUAGCCAGUUUGAGCUUACUAGGGGCUCUCAUUGGUGGUAUCCUAGGUGGUAUGGCGAUGAGACUUGGAAGAAGGAGAGUACUCCUCUUCACAGCCCUACCUUAUACCGUGGCGUGGCUUGCAACUGGACUAUCGACCAGCGUGAAUAUGCUAUCAAUAACAUCGUUCUGCGGCGGCAUGCUGAUUUGCUGCAUAACCAUGAUUACCCAGGUUUACGUCACUGAAAUAGCUGUGCCGGAAAUUCGUGGUUGUUUGAGCUCGGUCUUGAAGAUAUUGAGCCAAAUCGGUAUUCUCAUAUCAUUUUCUCUUGGCGCGUCGUUAAAUUGGCACCAAUUGGCCCUGGUUGUAGCCGCAGCGCCGGUACUUCUGUUCUUCGCGUUGCUAUUUAUCCCGGAGACUCCUUCAAGCCUGCUUCUUCGAGAUAAAGAUGAAGAGGCUGCGAGCGCUCUCCAAUGGCUGCGUGGUCCGGAUGCAGAUAUUCGCCAGGAACUAGCGACUAUACGAACGAAUAUUCUAGCCAGCAAACAUUACAAUGAUGGUAAAGCUGGUAAAUUCAAAGUACUUUUGUCAAAACGUUUAACACGACCUGUUCUUAUAACAUGCGGGCUCAUGUUCUUCCAAAGAUUUACAGGGGCUCAUGUAUUUAACUUCUACGCUGUGCCAAUGUUCAAAAAGACGUUCAGAAUGAUGAAUCCUCACGGUGGUGCCAUAGCUACAAGUGUAGUUCAACUGCUGGCAUCUUGUUUGUCUGGACUUUUAAUCGAUCACGUCGGAAGAUUGCCCUUACUAAUGACAAGUGGAGUUAUGAUGUCAAUAGCGCUAGCUGGCUUCGGUUCAUACGCGUAUUACGAAGAUGUCUUCCGAAAUUCAACAGAUCCAAUUCAUGUUGAACCUGGUUCUUACGAUUGGAUACCUCUCCUUUGCGUCCUGACUUUCACUAUAGCGUUUUCGUUGGGUAUAAGUCCUAUAUCUUCGCUUCUUAUUGGGGAACUAUUUCCAUUGGAAUAUAGGAGUACUGGUAGUGCAUUGGCUACAAGUUUUAGCCACUUAUGUGGUUUUGUAAACGUGAAAACUGCAGCCGAUUUCCAGGAUCACAUAGGUCUUUAUGGAUUGUUCUGGCUGUAUGCUGGUAUAUCAGUCCUUUGUUUGCUUUUCGUCGUACUCUUUGUACCAGAGACAAAGGGCCGUGAGAUUGACGAAAUGGACCCCAAAUACGUUGAAUCGUUGUGUAUUAAUCGAUAG